GACACAGUUGCUCGCGCGCUCGGUCGCUAAGGCAGUUGGUGGAAGUGUGGCAGGUUUGAAGUGCACGUUGGGCAGGCUCUGCAGCAUAACUGGAAAAACAGCAAUUUACUGAAGCUCUUUGUUACCGACAUUGGACUGCACUUGCAGAUUAAAGUAUGGCAAUGGAGACCAACUUUCUAAGAGAUCAAAAUCAUAGACUAAAUGCAGCACUCAGGCAGCAUCAAGCAGAGAACCUUUUGAGGACUACCUCUGUGCAAAAAAAUGUCGUAAGGGGUGAUGAUACACAGGAACCAUGGCUGACUGACCAAAGCUUACUGUCCCCUCUAAUUGCUGAGUAUGAUAAACAUCUGGAGGAAAUGAGUGAACAGCUGCAAUACUAUCGGAGACAGAUGGGCGAGAUGAGACUAAAACUUGAACAAGUCAUCAAGGAAAAUGAAAGACUGCAUGAGGAAUUGAAAGAGGCGGUUGAGAAGCAGCUGGAGGCCCUUCCUUCUGGCACUCUCUUGGGGAGUGAUGUGUUUGCAGAUGAAGAAAUAGUAAGAAACCUUCAAGAUCAGUUACAACUAGCCAAUCAAGAAAAAGAGCAAGCGCUAGAGCUCUGGCAGACAGUAUCACAGGAACUAGAUCAACUCCAGCAGCAGUACCAGGGGCACAUGACUGAAGCACAGAUUCAUGUGGUACAAAGGCAAAAGCAAAAAGAUCAGUUGGCUGGCUUUCAACUACUGACUGAGCAACUUCGAUUAGCCAAUGAGAAAACACAGUUGACGAACCAACAAUUUUUGAAAACAGUAACAGAACAGAAUAUGGAACUAGAACAGCUACGCAAACAACUGAGGCAAGCCAAAGUAGAUGUGAGAACUGCAACUGCUAAAGUUGAUGAAAUGACCAAAUUGUUAGUGGACCUUCAAGCCCAAAUGGAGAGAAAGGAAGAAGAUGUAGUAUCUGCUCGGGAGAGAGAGGAAGCAUCAGACAAACGCUUGCAGCAAUUGCAGUCUAGCAUAAAACAAUUGGAGACAAGAUUAUGUGUAGCUAUACAAGACACUGAACAGUUGAGAACAGAGAGGUCUGUUCUUGAAAAACAAACCAGAGAGCUACAGGCAAAGUGUGCAGAUCUAGAAGAGGAAAAAUAUGAUGCUAUAGUAAAAGUCCGAGACAGCAUGCAACUCUUAGAAGAAGCUAACCUACAAAAAAAUCAGGCCCUGCUCGGAGAGAAGCAAAAAGAAGGGGAGAUAGAAAAUAUGAAAGAAGCAAUUUCUCAGCUUGUACAAGAUGCUGCUGCAAGAACUAGAAAGGAAGUAGAGAAUGCAAGGAAGCAUUACAAUAUACAGAUUUCUCGAUUAACAGAAGAACUUUCUGCUCUUCAAAUGGAAUGUGGAGACAAGCAGAGUCAAAUUGAACGGGCCAUUAGAGAGAAGCGAGCAGUGGAAGAAGAACUUGAGAAAAUUUACCGUGAAGGCAGAGGAAGUGAAUAUGAUUACAGAAAACUGGAGGAACUGCACCAAAGGUGUCUGAUUGCAGAGCGUACAAAAGAUGACCUUCAGCUGUGUCUACAGGCGGCACGAAACAAAAUUAAACAACUGGAAAUGAACUCCGAGGAAGAGCUAUCUCGUUGCCAGGAAAUGGUUUGCAAGCUGCAAAGCAUUCUGGAUUCUGAAAGAGAAAACUCUGGCUCUAUCAGUGAACAAAGACUAAAACUUCAUCAAGAAAAUGAACAGUUGCAUAAAGAAGCAGAGGACUUGAGGAAACUGGCCAUGGAGGCACAACAAAAAGCUAAAUUAAAGAUAAGCACAAUGGAAUAUGAGCAUUCAGUGAAGGAGCAUGGGUUUGAGGUUCGACUGAAAGAGAUGGAAGUCACUAAUCGAAAUUCUACUGUUCAACUGAGACGUCUGUUGGUGGCUCAGCAAAAAGCAACGAACCGGUGGAAGGAAGAAACAAAGAAGCUUACAGAAACUACAGAAACCAGGAUCAGUAAUCUGAAAAACAUAGUUACUCUGGAGGAGAAAGCUAUUCCAAGGACUUGGCGCUGCUCUCCUCUCCCACCCACAAGCCUCAGUACCUUACCGGACCCGCCAGUAGUUCAGGAUCCAGUUUUUUUUCAUCCAGUGAGUCAGUCUUUCCAAGAGAGCCUCUACUGUCUCAUAAAGAAAGAGGCCCAGACAGAAGCCCUAAGAAAUCAGAGUUCCAUCCUCUGACAAGAUGUAACUUUCAAAGAGACAGGUGGUACCCUGUGAAGAGGUCCUCGUCAUGCAAGCUGUAUUGGAUCCCUUAGGAUUCUUAUGCUAGGCACCCAGAAUCAGAACAUGAACCUUACUUACCAUGUCCUUGCCAAGACCAACCAGCAUCGCUGGAGUAUAUGGAAGGUGAAGAUGAACCAGAUCCUUUGGUUCUGGGAGUGAUUUCAUCCUCUUUCCCAAAUGAUACUCUUACCCUAUCUUUACCAACGCCGGCUGAUGGCUACAGUCAACAUCAGGAUACUUACAAAGGAUGGUAUUUGAGCUCCAGAUACAGCUUGAACUCCUAAGCUCUUCACCUGACACUCAAGUGCCUACGCAUGUUACUUUAAAUAAAAAUGACAAAUGAAUUGAUCAGUUCAGCAAACAAACAUAUCGGACUGUCUCCAUUUAUCCCGGUCUUAUUCUUCAGCUUGUGGUGUUUUCAUCCCCAAAGAUAGGUCAAUUAACUUUAAAUAUUAAAAAAAAUGCCACAAGUAGAGAAUGUUUGUUUGAAUAGUGCUCUUUAGUUAUUGUGUAUUAGUGCAUGCAGUCAAUCCUAAUAACACAGACAUAAAACAAAAUAUACUAGGCAGUGUUUUCAAUGUGGAUAAAGUGCAUUCAUUUUUCACAUCAGCAAAAGAAUUGCUUUGUUUGCAUGUACACUAAUGUGAGAGAGUUAAAAUGUCAUUUUUAUAGCUAUAUUCAUUUUCUGAAAUGCAGGAUGUACUCAAGUAUACACAUAU